UGAAUCUCGCCUGGCCCGCAGACUGUUUGUGCCCUGAGUAUGUGUGCCGCUGUCAAAUUCAAAAUGUAAACAGAAAGAGUUCCUCCUGUUGUGCUUUCACCAGCAGAACGUAAUCGCUGCCGUGCUAAUGCAUUAAUGUAUUAGGGAAACACGAGUGCGUAAGAAAUGUCUACACGAGUAAGCUUAAGGACACACGCUAAUGCGAGGUGCUAAUGUUAGCUCACUAGCAUAUAGUGAGCAAACUGAAGUUGUGGAAGAGUCCUUAUGAUAUGGUGGGACAGAGAUAAGGAGACGAUGAGCUCUGUCCGCUGGGCUUUCCGCUGCGGCUCGUGGACACCGAGCAAGUCUGAGUGGCUGUUCGCUGCUCGCUGCGUCCAGCGGGAGGAGAAGGACAGGAUCGGACAGUUUGUGUUCGCCAAGGAUGCUAAGUCAGCCAUGGCUGCUCGGCUGUUGCUCAGGGCGUUCUUGUGUGAGAAGAUGAGGAUCCCCUGGUCUGAUAUCAGACUGGAGCGAUCUCCCAGAGGGAAACCCUACCUGGCAGCACCACUUAAGGUCUGUUCAGACUCUGGUCAGGCCUGGAGUUUCAACCUCUCCCACCAAGGGGACUAUGCUGUGCUUGCUGCAGAGCAGGGGGUGCAGGUCGGGGUGGAUAUUAUGAAGACCACGAUGCCAGGUAGCAACUCUGUGUCGGAGUUUUUCCGCAUCAUGACUCGUCAGUUUUCAGAAUACGAGUGGAGCACCAUCCAAUCAGCUGGCUCUGAGCACCAGCAGCUCGCCGCGUUCUAUCGCCACUGGGCCCUGAAGGAGAGCUUCAUCAAAGCCAUCGGCACAGGUCUGGGCUUCAACCUGCAGAGGGUGGAGUUCCAUCUGUCUCCUGAGCCGCUUACACAGGGCCGGGCUCUACGCCACACCAAGAUGCAUCUAGAUGAGGAGGAAGAAGAGAACUGGAUAUUUGAAGAGAGCUUGCUGGAUGCUGACCAUCAUGUCGCCGUUGCACUCGGACCAGCAAACAAACCAGGCGCCACACUUUGUCCUCCAGCUCUUCCGCCUCCCACCACAUUCACGCUGCUGUCGUUCAGUGAGCUCAUCACCUCGGCCUCACCUCUCACAGAGGAAGACCCAGCCUACUGGGACAGCUUCAAGAUGAAGGCUGAUGCCCCUCAGAGACAGAGGGUUGCACACAAAUCCACAAAACCGCCUGUUUGACAUUCAGCCAACAUACAUAUACCUGCCCCAAAUUUAAAAAAAAAAAUGCACCGACACUGAAGCUGACACAGGCUCAAGUCGAGUCCUGUCAAGGUUAUUUACCCCCAAAAAUCACAGGUCUUUCUCACAGGACUUCAGAAUCUGUACAGCAUCUGACACUGUCUAUUUUUAGAUCCUUGGAUCAGAGGAAGUAAAACUUCCACCUGACACACAAUGCUGUCCUUUACAAAUAAACCAGACAGAGUCUGGUUUAUUGUAAUUUCAGUUUAUAUAGUCCAAGAACCUGCAGUGAACUCCUUAUGGUUGGAUUUUUUUAUGCCCUGAGUUCAAGACAUAUGCAGUCCAAUCGUAGAUGCAAGUAUCAAAUGAAAGAGACACUCAUCAUUUAUUUUUUUAUCUGUGCUGAUUAAGAUUCUCCUAACAAAGUAAUUUUCACUUACCACAUUGAUUUUCUUGUAAUUAUUGAAUCCAGUGCACAGUGACAUGUAUGCUCCCAUGCAUCAGAUCAAAUUUUAUUGCUUACAUGUGAAUGUAGUAUAAAGCCAGGUAAUAAAUGAGUUGUAUCUGUCAACAUAUCGUCAUGUUCCAGAUGAUCAUAUUUCAUUAUGUUUUCAUAAAUGUCACCAAUUUGGUAUUUCAAGGUAAAUCAAAUUAAAAAACAAGAAAAUGAUAUUGUGUAACAUUUGUGGAAAUGUUUCUAACAUGAAGCAGAACAGUAGAACACAUUUUGUAUUAACCGUAUAGGGAGGUAUUGUAAUAUGCCCUGUAAUACCAAGACCAGCAUCUCUUUUUAACUUUGUUCUUGUCUGUUAUUAAAUUCUACCUUCCUUUCUU